AUCAAGCUCCCUCUACGUUAAUUCAAAGUGCGUCACGGAAUCACGCAGUGCACAGGAGAGAUCUAGUGCGCGCUAUUAUACCCGGGGAUAAAUAAUCGUCAAAGUUUUAUCGUAUCAUGGUGAAGAUAGCAUUCAACUCUGCUCUAGCGCAGAAAGCCCUGCAAGGGAAGGAGGCUGGGCUGGCCUCGGAGAAGGAUCCUGAGGCAGCUGUGGGUGACCUUAGCAGCAGUAAUCAAGGCGCUACAGGAAAAUGUGUCCUCACUCUACUGGGACUAGCAUUCAUCCUGACUGGGGCUAUAGUAGGGGCAGCCUGCCUCUACCGAUACUACACACCCAAGAGGCUGUACCACGGGGCCAUGCAGUUCAGUGAGGUGUCCAGCGGGGCGGCGGUAGAGAGACAGCCCUACUAUCUGCCCCGCGUCGAGGAGGAAGUAGAGAUCUCUGACAACAUGGCCACCAUCAAGGUCCCACCCCCUCGCUUUGCCCAGGGAGACCCUGCAUAUAUCCUGCACGACUUCCAAAAGAAGCUGACGGCAUAUCUGGACCUGACUCUGAGGACAUGUUUUGUGAUUCCCCUGAACACUUCAGUGGUUCUGCCUCCUCAAGACCUCAUGGACCUCUUCAUGCAGUUAAUGUCGGGGUCGUUCCGUAGCUACCUGGUGCAGGAGGACCUGGUCGUGACGGAGCGUGUUGAUGAUGUCACAGAGAUGGGCUUCUAUAUCCGCCGGCUGUGUGAGGGCAAGGACACCUACAGGAUGCAGCGCCGCAGUGACCUAACAGGAGGAGGGAUUCAUAAGCGUUCGGUAGAGGAGUGUUUCACCAUCCGUCACUUUGAGAACACCUUCGUCACCGAGACCAAGAUCUGCAAGGCCUAAUUAGAGAACACCCGCACACAUGGAGUGAGGGAGAGAGAGGCGUAGAGGGAGAGAGAGGCGUAGAGGGAGAGAGAGGCGUAGAGGGAGAGAGGCCGGGCACAUAAAGAGAGAGGGAGAAAGAUGGAUAGCGGUAUAAGGAGGGAGUGAAUGUGGUAGUAAAGAUAAUUUUAUAUGAAACCCUAGAUGUAAUGUUUCCCUGCUUCAUCCCACUGUAGACUUACAAUGAUCUGUUUUGCUUCUAUGAUUAACCCCUCCACUCUGUCACCAUUAACCUCUACCAUCUGACCCCUGUCUACAGAGCCAAACCCAUCCUCAGCUACUCCAUAACCUGGUUGUGCUAGCUGACCUCUUCUGGCCUGAUGACCGUUAGGCUGCAUUCACACAGGGAGACCUGAUCUAUUUUCACUAAUCAGAUCAGCUCGGGAAAAGAUCUGAUGUCAAAAGACCUGAUGUGAUUUGUUAAAAGACAAAUUAGUGGAAAAAAUAUCAGAAUUGGGCCGCUUGUGUGAACACAGCCUUAGAGGUCUGACGCUGUUUCUCCAUUUCCUGAUGACACCUAGUGGUUACCAUGUAUACCACAACAUGUCUGAACCAUGUCCAGUAUGUUACCCUGCUGUAGGUGACUAACCUCUGACCUAGAGCUGGCCUCCUGCCUCCAACUGACAAGGCCCGGCCCUAACCCCAAGCCUGGGACCUAGAGUUGGCCUCCUGCCUCCUAGUGACAAGGCCCGGCCCUAACCCCAAGCCUGGGACCUAGAGGUCUACCCUGACUCGACCCUAUCCCCGACAGACUCGACCCUAUCCCCGGCAGACUCGACCCUAUCCCCGGCAGACUCGACCCUAUCCCCGACAGACUCGACCCUAUCCCCGACAGACUCGACCCUAUCCCCGACAGACUCGACC